GAGAGCCGCGGAGAGCGAUUCAUUCUGUGUUUUCAUUGUCACGACGACGGGCGUGCUGUGUGGUGUGGUGACUGACUAAAGCAAAUCGUCGCUUACUUUGCGCGUGUGGCAUUUUUUUUUCUCGGACGACCACGGGGGAAAAUCAAAUUCUGUCAAGCAGCCAAAAACGAAAACGAGGAAAAAUUGCGUUCGAGAUUCGGUCGGUUCGAGAAGGGAAAAUUCGAUAUCCGUACCGUGCAAGAGGAGUGCAGUGUUCAGUUUGUGUGUUGAGGAGCAAUCGAAGAAGCAGGGAAAACCGGAGAAAUAGUCAACUUUCAAUCAGAAAAAUAAGGUGGUGCAGCAAAUUCGGCGAAUGGUUCUGAAUUUCGCAAUCUUUGGCAGAGUGCAAACAUUACCUAAUUUCAGCAGAUAGUGCGGGGUGUGCGGGUGGAUAAAGCGUAUUGGGAAUAGAGUGCCGUGGGAAAAAAAUUGAAUCGCAAAAAAUACAAACACAUUUCCCCGAAGUGAAUGUCAUCGGUAGCAGCAGUAGCAUAAAGCAGACAGUGCCAAGUGGUGUUGAAGAAGUUUCCAAAGCAACGCAGAAAAAUUGCCCUUAGUAGGCAAAUUGUGUCUGACAGGAAUAUGAAGUGUUUGUGCUGCUAAGCGGAAGAGUUCGGCGAAGAAGAAAAUGUGCUCAAAUCCAAGUGGAUCCAUUCCGCUGGUAGUAUUGUUGAAACCGAGAUCGCUGGUUUGAUGUGUUUUCCGAGUUCGGACCAUCGCGAGUGUACCGGCCAUCAACGGGUUUCUUUUGGUUUGACUAAGGCCCUCGAGUGCAUCAGUGAAAAUGCCGGUUGUUUUGAACGGAUCGAUCCCUCUGCCCAGCAUUCGGAUCUACACCAGUGCCAGUGUGCUGUUGGUGUCGCUGUGUCUGUAUUACGCGAUCAGUGUGACGAGUGAUCCCUUCUGGAGGCAGCAAAGUAAUGCCACCACCGCAGUGACUUCCGGUGCAAGCAAUGUGAAUGCGAUCCUCUCCGGUACGGUGCCAUCGGAAGCGGCGGAGGCGGCUGCUGCUGGUGCGGUUCGGGAUGUGGCUGCCGGUGGUGUCGGAAAUGUGGGGGUGGGCAACAAAUUGGACUCGUUGUUGACGGUGAAGGAGAUCAAUGAUUUCGAAGAGAAGAUUCUGGCGGCAACGGAUGCCGACCUGAAGAAAAUGAUGGAACAGGAAGCGGAACUGCUGGAACGGUCCUCAGCGAACGAUUCCCGAACGAUCGGAGCGCAUCUGAAGGAUAUUGCUUCGUUCAUGGGGAGUGAGCCGAUUUGUAUUUGGACACUGAUAAACAUGGCCUAUUGCUGUCUGAUCCUGCUUGGAAAAUCGAUCCAGAAGGUGGUUUUCGGAGAAUUGCGAAUCUCCGAACAACAGCACAUGAAGGACAAAUUUUGGAACUUUAUCUUCUACAAGUUCAUUUUCGUGUUUGGCGUCGUAAACGUGCAGUAUCUACACGAGGUCAUCCUAUGGGUAUCGUGGUUCUCCGUACUCGGCUUCCUGCAUCUCAUGUCGCAGCUGAGCAAAGACCGCUUCGAAUACCUCUCCUUUUCGCCAACCACCCCGGGAUGGUCCCACUUUCGACUGAUUGCGCUCCUGUCGGCCAUCCUCACCCUGUCCGGUUUCAUGCUAAUCGUCUCGAUCGGAGUAGGCGUCUUCAUCAGCGGAGUCAACACGUUCGCCUUCAUGGCGGCUGAGUGUGUUCUGCUGUCGAUACGCACCCUGCACGUUUUGAUCCGGUACGCCAUGUUCCUGUACGAUAUGCGCCAGGGAGGAAUUACCCAUGAAUCAGCAAUUUCGUGGGACAAACGCGGUCCGGUGGCGUACUACAUCGAGCUAUCCUUCGAGGUGGCGGCUCUGGUGGUGGACUUUGGCCACCAUCUGCAUAUGCUGCUGUGGAGUAACAUCUUCCUGUCGAUGGCCAGCCUGGUGAUCAUCAUGCAGCUGAGGUACUUGAUCAACGAGAUCCAGCGGAAGAUCAAGAAACACCGAAACUACCUCUGGGUGUUGAAUCACAUGGAGAAGAGCUACCCGCUGGCGACGGCCGAGGACCUGAAGCAGAAUUGCGACAAUUGUGCCAUUUGCUGGGAGAAGAUGGAAACGGCCCGGAAGCUACCCUGUUCGCAUCUGUUCCAUAACUCCUGUCUUCAGUCUUGGUUGGAACAGGACACUAGUUGUCCCACCUGUCGUCUGGGACUGAGCGUCCACAACAACAAUGUUAACAUUCUUCCAAACGAGAUCCGUAUCGACGACACGGAAACGGCCGGUCGAACGGCCAACAACCACUUCUUCCACUUCAACGGCUCUCGGUACGUGUCCUGGUUGCCAAAUUUCUCCGUUGAAGUGACCCACAUCAAUUCGGUCCUCCGGAAUGAGCCAAGCCCUCGCGAGACAACGGUCAAUCACACCUCGCAAAUCCGGAACAUGGCACGCCACGUGCAGGAGAUGUUCCCUCGCUUCCCGCUGUCGACUUUGAUAGGCGACCUGCAGAUUUCCCGCUCGAUCGAAGUCACGAUCGAUAAUAUCCUGGAAGGACGCCUGCAGGUACCGGCUCGAUUCCAAGAAUUUGAAGAUCUACUUGACGAUGACACGGCUACCAACACCACCACCACUAACAUUGGCAACGACGGUAAUAGCACUAGCGGCACCCUAAGCAAUAGCAACAGUUUCAACAGUCAACCGGAAACGCCCGGCUCCAGCAGCAGUACGCUGGGUGACUUCCCUGCCAUAACCGCCAACGAUUACUACGUCAAUGCGGACGAAUUCAGUCCGAGUAGUCAUUACGGGGGUGGCGGGGGUGGUGGUGGAUCCAGUGCGUCCACACCUUCUUCGGCUGGCAGCAGCAGCGGUUACGAGGUGGAACGGAGCACCAACAUCUUCGGCAACUUUGACAACCUGCUGCGGGACGACAGCUUCGAUGACGUUCCUCUGGGCGAUCGGUUCUCCAAGAGUUCGGAAGAACGGGAACGGAUCCUGCAGCGGCGAAAGGAACAGCUGCUCAUCAUUGCGAGAAGAAAGUAUUUAGAAAAAAGCAAAUCCGAACUGAACCAGUCACCUGCUGCCGCUGGCUACAGCCAAGGUGACGCCAUACGGCAUCGAAACAAGAGCUGUAUGGAAGAGCAGCAGCCAUCUCCGAGUUCGUCCACUUUGCCAUCCUCCGGCUCAUUAUCCUCCAAUAACACAACUACAACAACUACUACUACUGUUGAAAGUAGACUAGCCUCUGCUAGUGCUAAUUCUGCAACCAGUGAUAGAGAGUAGUGGCCAAAUUCAGUCCUGAAAACAGUUAAAACUUAAAAAAAACAUUGUGAUCAUUAUCAAGUAGUGUGAAGCUAAGCAAAACAAAAACAAACAAAUAACACAAGCAAGUGAAUGCAACACAAAAAGCCGCAGUGAAACAAAAUCAACAACAGUAUCGGACGAGUUAGUGAAACAAAGCAAACAAAACUAACUAGGUAGUAGUGACAACAGCAAAAAAGAAAGGAAACAAUUCAUAACAAAGUAGCAAAGACAGUCAAAACAUGCCUAGGCAUGGGAAAUCAAAACUACAACCACUCUGCUAACUAGAUGGAAAAUGGAUCCGGCAGCAGCAGAACAGUGUGUGCGUGUAAUAUGGCUUGAAUGUUUUUAACGUGGACUUUUGCGGAGUAAAAGUGUGGAGUCGUAGCAGGAGAUGAUGAAGAAGAAGAAGAUGAAAAAUGUACUGCAAGCGUUGUGAUGUUAUUUAUUUAUAUACUGUAAACUGAUGUAUUAGCGUAGUAGCAAACUAGAAAAAAAAACUCAAAGCGAAGAAGCGUAUUUUAAAAUACUGAUAAUGAAUUAAUAAAAAACAAAACAAACAAAAAA